AUGGAUAGAAUUACAUUUUGGGUUAACGGAGAAUUUUGCUCGGCUGGAUCCGAGGUGGAUUCAGACGAGACCUUGAACGAUUACUUGCGAAAGCGUCUUAAUUUACGGGGAACAAAAUAUAUGUGCAAGGAGGGUGUAUGUGGAGCCUGUAUUGUUGUCGCCACUGCGCCUGAUCAUAAUGGAUUUAAGAGAACUUUGUCGGUUAAUUCUUGUCUCAUACUAAUUUUACAAUGCCAAGACUGGGAAAUAACGACAAUCGAGGGGAUUGGUGACAGGCAACGAUAUCAUCCCAUUCAGCGGAGGCUGGCCGAGUACAAUGGAUCCCAAUGUGGUUAUUGCUCUCCCGGAUGGGUGAUGAGUAUGUAUGGAUUACUUGAAAGCCGCCAUUACGACCUUAAUCAAGAGGAAAUAGAAAAUUCUUUCGGAAGCAAUAAUUGCAGGUGUACUGGUUAUAGGUCGAUUUUGGAUGCGUUCAAAUCCUUUGCUAAAGAUGCACCUAAUCCGAAAUUGGAAGACAUUGAAGAUUUAGCAAAGUUUAAAAGUAAUUGUAAAGACUGGUGUUUUGUUACAAGUAAACAAUAUAAGAAGAUUCCAUUGAAAGACGGUAUAAUUCCUAUAUUCGAGUUUCCCCAAGUACUUAUCGAUAUAAGCGCAAUCGAAGAAUUAAAAACACAUUACAUAGAUCAAAACUUGGUCAUCGGAGCUGGGACAACAAUUACCGAUUUUAUGGGAAUCUGUAAGAAAAUGGCUGAAACUGACGAAGAUUUCUCAUAUACACAUAAAUUUUACGAACACUUGGAUAAGGUUGCGCAUAUUCCUGUCAGAAAUGUAAGGUUUAUAUAUUUAACCCAAUUUACUUCCUCACAUUCGAAGAGGUUUUAUGAACAUUUCGAACUGUCCCAGUAA